UCACUGGGAACCCAACCGCAGCAGAGGUAGCUUCAGCCGUUACGGAUCUUACGCUCGGUCGCAACAGCGAAUCUAGAGUUUCACAUUCCGUUUCUGUGCGGUUAAUAAACCGCAAAUUGUUUCGAGAUACAUCGCAGUAAGACGCAGAUAUAUACGCAGUAAGAGGCAGAUACUUUUGCUGCUGCUCAAAACGACUCCCUCUGAGCGAUAUUAGCGACGUGCCAGCUUUUUUUUAGCGCUGCUAUCAAGGUCAUCUCAAUCGGACUAGCAAGACAGUACACUCACAAGUUGAAUAACUUUUUAAAAAUAAAAUACGAUCAAUGGCGCUGUAGAACAAAAAUCGAAAUCAAAUCGGACCGGUCAAGUCAAGAAAUCACGGUGAGCUUGAGGAAAUGCUUUUACUCCCUCGACAAUGACAAAAAUAAAUGGAUUUGGCUGGACCUUAUUAGCCAGAUCAACGGCCCUCGAAAAAGAUCGCUGAAGAUCGAACUCGAACGCUCGAAAAAACUGAAGCGAAGCGGCAGUUCCGUGCUACCGACAGAUUUAAGCCCCAACUUGUAUCGUUUAUAAUUCAGCUUACUAAUCUCCGACAGCAGCAAUAUCAGCUGCAGCGAGGGUUCAGGGACAACACGAAUCCAUUAUGAGCGGCAUUGUCACACAACAUUAAUUUUCCGUUGCAUUAAACAGCAGGCAGAGAAUCGGAAGAAGUGCAAGAGGGAAAGCCUAAUGGCAGUUUCUCAUCUUCGAAUGGGGGAAAGUUUGGUUACACAACGACUGGGUGGGUUAGGGGGCGGAUUAAAGCAGGGCUCACAUCGCCCGUUGCAUCGUUUCACUCGAUUCCACAUCAAUCCCUUGCGUAGAUAUUUCUCUUUUAAAUUUCACUAGUUGAAAAUUGAAAGUAAUUAAUGAUGAUAUAACCCCUUUAAGCUUUUACGAUCAACGAAAGUUCUGCAUCCAGCGAAAGUGAUUUCCCAUAAUAAUAUAAUUAAAAUAAUCUCCAACCCAGCGAUUCGCUUGCUCGUUGACUGGGAGAGGUGCGUAAGCACCAAAAACCUGCGCUUAAUUGCGUCAGUGAAAAAAACUUUAACUUCCAAAUUGGAAACAGAAGUGCUCACGAUGGAGAGUUCUAAGCCUAAAAUUUAUCACAUCUGACUACACUUCCACAAUUGUACGGGUUUGAACAUCUAAAUAUCAACUUAUAUGAGGCGAAUGCGUGCACACACACUGCACGGACUUUGAUCGGACGGAUGCACAAAGUACCUUAUCAGAGGUUCUCAAAAGCAGAUCCCAUUCAGUCGGUGGUGGCGAGGGCGAGACACAGAAACAGCGGAGAUGGGAGCAGUUGCGCCUCGGACUUUAAAAAUAAAAGUCUUGAUGAAUUUGUGGGCGUCGUGAGUAGAUAAUGUGUCUAUGUAUGGGCGCAGCCAUUUGUGUUUCAAUGUGGGCUACCGAUGAGACGGUUAAUUUAGUUCGGUCGACUUCUGUUUGUGGGUCCCCUCUUAUUUUAACGAGGCACUGCAUCAGGAAAUAUGAAUUCGCUUUGUCAAAUCCAAGCAACCUUGAGUUUUCCACUCAACUCCCUCGACCAACCAGCGUUCCCCACAUCGAUCAUGACAGCGCAACUGGGCUUUCUAGUUUUAAUAUUACUGUGCGACUGGGUCAAGAAGCCGAUCCUUCAGUUAAUCCAAAAGUUGCUGGUCCACGCACUAUGGUGCGCUCCGGGCCGAAAGUGAUCCGGGCCGCCGAAGUUGUAGACCAUCCCGCUCUGAUCGCUCCUCUUCCCUACCUCAACUUCCUCCGCUACUUGAAGCGAAAAGUCUUUCGCAGCUACGAUCUGCCCAGCUUACUCCAGGUGGGCGUAGUCCAAUGGAACGCGAUGAGCGAUGCCAAGAAGAAGUUGUUCGAGCCAGAACGCAUCUUAGCCCGUGUGGCUCGCAGGCAAAGGAGGCAAAGGCGUCGCCGAUUGCUGCGCCGUGGUCAGCAUGGUCAGAAAGGACGAGCUAUAGUGCGACGGCCCAUCUAUGACCAACGUCCUUCGCAGCGACGUUGAAAACGCAAGUAGUUAUGAGUGGGGCUAUUGCGCCUUGCUUCUGAGCACCUGGAAGUUGUUUCGUUCGUUCACCUGAAACUUUCAGAAUCUACGACUGGCCAAACAACUUUUUCUUAUUUUUCAGCACACAUUUUUCUCUUUCCUUUUCCAGUGGUUGACUGACCCAGUGCCGGCGACUGGCUAUACAAGUAAUUAGCUGGGGAGGUCUACCAAGAAUCCUACUUAAGAUCUGGCGGCCCAUGUCAAACAGCAUGUUGCAGCAGAUGCACAUUAAUAUUGUCUUUCGACUUUAAAACUCACAGUCGCGUGGACUGCUGUGAAUGAGGAUAUGCAAACAAAAACAAUUACUUUCACUUUUUACACUGCCUUUGGAGUGUUUCGCGUUUCUCUUGGGGAAGAGGAGCAAACCGAAGACAAAGUCAAGGAAGUACUUCCGGUUGACCCGAACCUCGUUCGAAUGCAAAACCUUUUGAUUUUGCAUUAAUUACGUCACCUUCGAACCAAAACAAUGAUCAGCUAGCUGCUAAGCUGAGAUUUUGCAAGUGUGGCGAACUUCCUUUGUCUGCACCAAAGCAGAAUGUUAAAAAUGUUAAUAUAAAAACUGCACCAGUGAUAAGCUGAGAUAAGUAUCUGAUGCCACGAGAAUGUACCGACAGCGCUGCAGAUAGUAAAAAGACUGCCUUAUCGGAGACUGUUUUUCCACAGCAAGUCAUUUUCUGUUUGUUAAUAAAUUAUUUAUCAAUUUUAAUUUCCGCUCACUACAUAAGCAAAAGAGCUACGUAACCAAGUAGAGAAACAAAAAUAGCGUCAUUAAAUGCCUUGCUUCAGCCUCAACUAGUUUUCAGCUUGGCUUUGCGCUGACGAACCUGAAGCUGCACAGUGUUUGUCUCGAUUUGUGAUCGGAAACCUAUCCAAACUGGUUGCCUUCUGCUCUGAAACGAUUUCCCGUUUUGGAUGCUUGUUGUGGUCGUGGAUAACUACCUCAACAAUUUGGCAAGCGUCUGCCGUCGCAACCUGCAGUGGGCAUGCGGCAGGUAGACUGAUAGCGGCGGUUGCAGAGCUUAUGUCACAGUUAUCGACACUUGAAAGAGUAAUUACAAUUGCCUGUCCGGCUGACUGCUUUUCUCGGUCCUCUUGGACUGGUUACCGGUUACAACAGGCGCUCCGUAAAACCGCUCCCAUGGAAAGCCUUUCAGUCUGGGCAAGAAGUCAUCUUUGGUGCCUGGAGAAAUCCUUCGCAAUGCCGAGUCAAAACGAAAACGAACGCACAUCGGAGAGCCCCGAAUCGAAGUUAAGCGCGGUUUACGGGAGCGGUACAGGAGCAGAACAACGGGCUCCACUGUCUGGCACACUCUUUGUUUACGUUUGUUCCGGAGCUUGUUUACACUUUGGCAUUCGCACUGGGUCUCUGCGUGGGCACUUACUGGCAUUUGUUUUGCCCGCUAUUCUGCGGAGGGUUCAACGACACAAGUAUAUUCGAGGCUCCAGCUGCCUUGGAUUGAAUCCAGUUUAGUUUCGCAAUCUAGCUGCUCUAGGAGCUAAUCGAUGGGAUUUGUGUAAACAUCACCAGCUCAAAAGAGCGCUGCAGAGUCAAUGAACUGGUAAAAAAGGCCAGAGAUGAAAAGACUUUCGUCUUAAAAUGUAAAAUGCGCGGAAGUGCGUCUAGAGAUAUACCCCAAGAACAAAAUUAAACCGUGGGCAGUCGGACGCCCCGUCUAAAUGUCAGACAUCCAUGUCUGGCACGACUUUAUUGGCAAUGCGUCCGCAUUUUUCUGUGCGCACCAAGUCGGAUUGGAAGCGUGCUCAAGGCGGGCGAAAGCAAACCCGUGUCUGGGAGCACAGUAAACUAGCCACAAAGGAAAGAUUUGAAUGGUGAUAAAUGCUUUAUCACGCGCGUUUGUAGUUCUGAGGAUAAA